AUGCCCAAUGAGGAGCUGUAUAUGAAUGAACAAUCACAAUCCAUCACCGCCGCAGACAGUAACAAUGCCAUGAUGCAAAAGCUCGUGUCAGCAGCACCUGAUUUAGUGCCGGAUGAGACGGACGAAGAUGACAUUGCGCCUACUUCUAAGUUAGAAGCGACUCAAAAAAACCCUUCGAACACAAAAACCGAAACGGCAGUGGUUCACGAAGAGGUGAAAAAGGAUUUGCUUGAUAAAACCGAGUACGGUUCUUUGUACAUGAAUGCGACGGGAGGGCUCGAUAAGAAAAAAAUCGCUUUUAUGGCAUUUUGUGUUUUGGGGGUCACCGUUGCUAUCGGGGCUUACGCCCUAAACGCUUCUCAAAAAUCGACUGAAUCUGAUGUCGGAUCAUCAGAUAGUACACUAACCUCCUCGGAUAAACCCGAACCGGUGUUGGCCAACACCAGUGAAACGGGCGCAUAUACCUUUGAUCCGGCAGCAGUAGAUGCCGCCACCACGACAACAGCUGGAGAAGAGUCUGCGGCACCUAUACAAGUGGUUGAAAAUACACAACCAUCUUACACUCCUCCCGCGCCUACAUACGAAUCCCAAGCUCCUGCUGCUCCAGAGUACGCGGCACGACCCCCUGCUCAGCCUGAAACUAAUGAAGGUGACAAUGUGGUACAAAAACGACUGGAUUCAGGUCCUGUGUUAGUUGAAGGUCAGUUGGGCGAAAUUGGCACGGGCAAUGCCGGAGGUAUGGUUGCCGAAGGCAAAGAGUCUGAUUUGGCGCGGACACUAAAAGCGACAGGAAUUGCACGGGGUAAUGUUAAAAAACUCGGUAAUCCCGAUUAUACGAUGGUACGUGGUACGUUUAUCCGUUGUACUUUAGACACAAAAAUUGUUUCAGAUGUAUCGGGUUUUUCCUCUUGCACCGUCAAUGAGCCCAUUUAUUCUUACAAUGGCAAAAAACUCCUCAUUAAGCCUGGCUCUAAAGUGAGUGGCGAAUAUCAAACUCCAGAUACCAAUGGCGGUCAAGAGCGCAUGGGUGUCUUGUGGAAUCGCAUUUUAACGCCAGAAGGUCUUGAUGUGAACUUAGAUAGCCCUGGGACUGAUGGGCUUGGUGGCACGGGAUUAGUGGGUGAUGUCAAUAACCAUUGGGGUAAGCGUUUAGGUGCAGCCAUUUUGGUGUCCAUGAUCGACGGGGGGAUGAAUGUUUUAGCAGGUGCUGUGCAAAAAUCAAAUACGGCAUCUGUAGGGAUAGCAAGCGCACAGCAAGCCAGUAAAAGCAUGAGUGAAAUGGUGCUGGAAAAGACCAUCAACAAAGCACCUACGAUUACCAUCAAUCAGGGCAUUGCAGAUUUUAUUGACAAUCCCGAAAUCACAGAAAUUUGUAUUAAUCGACCAGGGCACAUUUAUGUUGAAACGCGUAAAGGUUGGCAACGCGUAGAGGUGCCUGAGCUCACAUUUGAACGCGCCAAACAGUUUUGUAUGGUGGUGAUUAAUGAAACCAACACGGGUCAAAGCAUCAGUGAUCGUAAGCCAAUGGUUUCAUUAACCUUUCCAACUGGGCAACGGGCUCAGUUGGUGGUUCCCCCUGCUACAGAGGCUAAUAAAACCUCCAUUACCAUCCGCUUACCCGCAAAAUUCACCAAAACCCUUGAGCAAUAUGAUGCGGAUGGUUUUUUUGACAAAAUAAAAAGCGAUGUAGGGGGUAACGAACACAACCAAGUCCUUAAACACUUACUGGAAACCAAACAGCUGGCUGAAUUUUUCAAAAAGGCCGUGCAAUUUAAAAAAAAUAUUGUGGUAGCGGGUGCAACUGGGAGUGGUAAAACCACUUUUAUGAAAUCCCUAGUCAAUCAUAUUCCCUUGGAUGAACGUUUGGUGACCAUUGAAGAUGCACGAGAAUUAUUUAUCCCGCACGAGAACGUCGUCCAUUUAUUGUACUCGAAAGGCGGACAAUCGAUAGCGCAAAUUUCAGCUAAAGACUGCUUGGAGGCUUGUCUGCGGAUGAAGCCCGAUCGAAUUUUAUUAGCCGAGCUGCGUGGUGACGAGGCCUUUUAUUUUAUUCGUAACUGCGCCUCUGGUCACCCCGGUUCGAUUACCAGUUGCCAUGCGGGCAAUGUCGCUCAAGUUUGGGAUCAGCUGGCCUUAAUGGUGAAAGCCUCCCCCGAAGGCGGCGGCCUAGAAUUUGAAACGAUUAAGAUUUUAUUGAAGAAAACCAUUGAAAUUGUUGUGCAUAUUCAGGCUCAUGCUGGGGAGCGGGUGAUUACGGGGAUAGAUUUUCAAGCGGAUUGA